AUGUCUGCUGCUGCCAUCCGGGUUUUUAGCUCUCUGCGAAGUGGGCUGCGUACUGUCGCCCCGAGACUCCCCUCUCCAGCUCUACGCAGCGCAUAUAUCUCCCGCCCCGCAUUCCGGGAUUGCAGAAGAGCAUUUUCGCAGAGCUCACUAUGGCAAGCUAAGAAGUAUACCGAAGAGCAUGAAUGGAUUGAGGUGGCUGGGGAUGGAAAAACUGCAACCAUUGGCAUAACUGAAUACGCCGCCAACGCGCUGGGUGACGUCGUCUUUGUAGAACUGCCCGCCGUCGACACCGACGUCGCCGCGGGCGAGACCAUCGGGGCUGUCGAGUCCGUCAAGUCCGCUUCGGACAUCCUCUGCCCCGUGACAGGCAAGAUCGUUGAGGCUAACACGAAGCUGGAAGAGUCGCCCAAGGUCAUCAAUGAGAGUCCUGAGGAGAAGGGAUGGUUUGCCAAGAUCGAGCUUGCGGAUCCGACUGAGCUGGAGGGUUUGAUGGAGAAGGAGGUGUAUCUGGCUAAGGUGGAGGAGGCGGACGUUGAGAGUUGAAGGGGAUCGGAUUCGGGAGGGAUCCGAUUUAGCCACUGCCUUGUUUUCCCCCCACCCCUUCCUAUCAUGGUUUUUAUGCUGUAUAACUUGGAUUGAUUGUGGGAUCUUGUGGGGCGGUGGGUUAUCUCUCAUCGUUGAUAAUGUUUACCUUUUUCCUCUUUUUGCGAUAUGUAUAUAUAUCUACUUAUCUACUGAUGUUUCAACAUGUCAGAAUGUUAUGUUUGUACGUGUUC